AUGCGUCGCUCGGGGGCCCCCAGCCAGCUCUUUGGUAACAUGGCGAAGAAGCCCCGCUUCGUCCCUCCUGAAGCCUCACUGGCAGGUCCUCCUGAUAUCCCUGUGGGUACCCUGCCUGAACUGGAGCCUCUGGCCCCUAAACUCGCCCUGGGGAACGUGCUCAACAAGGUAAACACACGGUCCACUUCACUGUCAUCCUAAGCCACAAAUGUGACCCCUAUUUCUAUUGUAGUAAUGAAGUAACUAAGCAUAGGAGUCAUAUUGGAGCUACUUCUCUCCCUAGCCGAUAUGAGUAAGACUUUUAAACAGGUAAAAAUUCACAAGGCCGCAGGGCCAGACGGAUUACCAGGACGCAUACUCAGAGCAUGCGCAGACCAGCUGGCAAGUGUCUUCACUGACAUUUUCAACCUCUCCCUGACCCAGUCUGUAAUACCUACAUGUUUCAAGCAGACUACCAUAGUGCCUGUGCCCAAGAACGCCAAGGUAACCUGUCUGAAUGACUAUCGCCACAUAGCAUCUGUAGCAAUGAAAUGCUUUGAAAGGCUGGUCAUGGCUCACAUCAACACCAUCAUCCCAGACACCCUGGACCCACUCCAAUUCGCGUACCUCCUCAACAGAUCCACAGAUUACGCAAUCUUUAUUACGUUCCACACUAAAUUAACACCUAUAUGAGAACGCUGUUCAUUGACUACAGCUCAGCGUUCAACACCAUAGUGCCCUCCAAAUUCACCACUAAGGGAAGGACCCUGGGACUUAACACCUCCCUCUGCAACUGGAUCCCUCAGGGGUGUGUGCUUAGUCCCCUCCUGUACUCCCUGUUCACCCACGACUGCGUGGCCAAGCACGACCCCAACACCAUCAUUAAGUUUGCUGACAAUAUAACUGCGGUAUGCCUGAUCACCGAUGACGAUUAGACAGCCUAUAGGGAGGAGGUCAGAGACAACAACCUCUCCUCAACGUCAGCAAGACAAAGGAGCUGAUUGUGGACUACAGGAAAUGGAGGGCCGAGCACGCUCCCAUUCACAUCGACAGGGCUGUAGUGGAGCGUACAUUACUGGGGCCGAGCUCCCUGCCAUCCAGGACCUCUAUGCCAGGCUGUGUCAGAGGAAGGCCCUAAAAAUGUUCAGACUCCAGCCACCCAAGUCAUCGACAGUUCUCUCUGCUACCGCACGGCAAACGGUACCAAUGCACCAACAGGACCCUGAACAGCUUCUACCCCCAAGCCAUAAGACUGCUAAAUAGUUAGUUAAAACAUUUUUUUUAAAUAGUUAACAUUUACAGUUGAGUAAUUUAGCAGACGCUCUUAUCCAGAGUGACUUAGUUAGUGCAUUCAUUUUAAGAUAGCUAGGUGGAGCAGCCACAUCACAGUCAUAGUAAGUACAUUUUUCCUCAAUAAAGUAGCUAUCAGUAAAGUCAGAGCUAGUAAGGGGGGGGGAGGGGUCAAGUGCGAGUGUUAGUUCAUGAAAGGCUUUUUAAAAAAAUCUAUUUUUUUGAUUAACCAAAUAGCUACCCAGAUUAUCUGCAUUUACCCUUUUUUCACUUACCUUUUUGACUCAUCACAUACGGUGCUGCUACUGUUUACUAUCUGUCACUUUAUUCCUAGUUAUAUGUACAUAUCUACCUCAAUUACCUCAUACCCCUGCACAUCGACUCCGUACAAGUACCCCUUGUAUAUAGCCAAGUUAUCGUUGCUCAUUGUAUAUCUAUUAGUACUUUUAUUGUUUCGUGUUUUACUUUUCUAUUAUUUCUCUAUCUCUCUGCAUUGUUGGGAAGGGCCCGUAAGUAAGCAUUUCACUGUUAGUCUAUACCUGUUGUUUACGACGCAUGUGACAAAUAGCAUUUGAUUUGAUUUCACUCAUACUGCGAUGUGUGGGCCCUCUCAGACCUAUGUAACAGUUCUCCUUCCUUGCAGGUCCAGAGGAGCAUCUCAGCCCCUGCACUGCCCCUUGCCCUGCCUGUGAAGGCCUUCGGCCUGGCUAAGAGCAAGCCCCAGGCAUGUCCAGAGCUCUAGCCAGGGUGCUGGGUGCAGCAGACAGUAAGAAGAACGGGUCAGAGCCUGAAGACCCUUCCUUUACAGAGCAGAACACUGGAGACCCAGCU